AUGUCUGAAAAGAAGAUUCUCUUGCUUGGAUCUGGCUUCGUUGCCGAGCCUUUCGUCAAAUACGUUACGCGUCGCCCAGAGAACAAGGUGACCAUUGCUAGCCGUACUGAAGCCAACGCUCAAGCACUUGCUGCCAAGUACCCUGGUGCUGCCACUGGUGUCAGCUGCGACAUCAACAACGACCAAGCUAUUGAGGAUCUCGUUGCCCAACAUGAUAUUGUCAUCAGUUUGAUCCCUUACAUCUACCACGCCAAGGUUAUCAAGGCUGCUUGCAAGCACAAGAAGAAUGUUGUCACCACUUCUUAUGUCUCACCCGCCAUGAUGGAAUACGAUCAAGCUGCCAAGGAUGCUGGUAUCACUGUCAUGAAUGAGAUUGGUCUUGAUCCUGGUAUUGAUCACUUGUACGCUGUCAAGACCAUCAACGAGGUUCAUAAUGAAGGUGGCAAGAUCAAGGAAUUCAUUUCCUUCUGUGGUGGUUUGCCAGCUCCUGAAAACUCCAACAACCCCUUCGGCUACAAGUUCUCUUGGUCUGCUCGUGGUGUGCUUCUCGCUUUGAAGAACACUGCCAAGUACUUGGAACACGGCAAGGUCGUUGAAGUUUCUGGCGUUGAGCUUAUGGACUCUGCUCGUGUCCUCAACACUGGUUAUCCUGGUUUUGCCUUUGUCGGUUAUGGUAACCGUGAUUCUACUCCCUAUGACAAGCGUUACAACAUUCCUGAGGCUGAGACUAUCCUUCGUGGUACCAUGCGUUACGAUGGUUUCUGUCAACUUGCCAAGGCUCUCUUCAUCCUUGGUUUCUUGAGUGAGGAGGAACAACCCCAUCUUUUGGCAUCUGCUCCUGAGAUCGCUUGGAAUGAAGUUGUUGCUAAGGUUGUGGGUGUCUCGGAUGUAUCUGAAGAGGCUAUCAAGGCUGCUAUCAUUCAAAAGACCAACCUUGCCAACAACCCCCGCAAGGAUCAAAUCAUCGAUGGUAUGCGCUGGCUUGGUUUCUUCUCCAACACCAAGGUCACUCGCCGUGGUAACUUGCUUGAUACCUUCUGUGCCACUCUCGAAGAAAAGAUGCAAUAUGAGGAAAACGAACGCGACUUGGUCUUUUUGCAACACCGUUUCGAGAUUGAGCUUAAGGAUGGUAGCCGUCAAACCCGUACUUCCACUCUUGUCGACUUUGGUGUCCCUGGUGGUUUCUCUGCUAUGGCCAAGACCGUGGGUGUUCCUUGUGGUAUCGCAACUCAACUUAUUUUGGAUGGCAAGCUCACUGCCAAGGGUGUUGUCGCUCCCAUGACCACUGACAUCACUGAGCCUAUCAUUGAGCUCCUCGAGAAGGAAGGCAUUGGUAUGGUGGAGAGAAUCCUGUAA